AUGGAAAGAUCCAAGUUUCUCCCAGAAUUCAAAGGCUUUAUUUCUGGGGUUGUAGGGGCUUGAUGUGGAGUUUUCGUUGGUCAGCCAUUUGACAUUAUAAAAGUUCGCUUACAAAACUCAGGCGGCUCAGCCAUUUUAGCAUUAAAAAAUUUACUUUCUCAUGAAGGAUUUUUAACAUUAUGAAAAGGCUCACUUCCUCCUCUUAUCGGUGUAGGUCUAUCUAACGCAGUAUCAUUUGGAACAAAUGAAAACACAAAAAGAAUUGUAAGUUCUUACAAUAAACCAUACAUUAAAAUGGCGACACGUGUCAACCUGCCCUCUUGGCGCAGUAGUCCAGACCUUAUGGCUACGGCGAACUGGGACGGACUCCGAGCUGAGAAUCUAGUGCAGGCUCUAGAGGUGUGUAUCCGGGUAGGUUUUGGCUGCUUUCCUGUGGUUGGAAAUGGAGGUGCUCGACAGCGUCCUUUGGAUCCGAGGACCCAUGGGCAUUCCUCUACCGAGAAACUGGGGGUUUCGGCCCAGGCCACAGGGGAACAGUCUUUUUCCUGUAGCUGUCGAAGAAAGGCACUUCGACACCCGAUAGACUCCAAGGAGUUGAUCCCUGGAAUCAAGCUACUCCAAUCGCCCGUAGCAGGGCCGCAGAAAUCCAUAAGCCGCCCACUCAAGACUGAAGCCUUAAGGCAAGGAGGAGACAGAAGGUACCAGAAGGGCACUCGCAAGAGGGAUAGACCCUCUGGGCUGGAGUCGAAAAGCGGAUGAGUCUCCCGUACAGGAGGUCUUUGGUGACUGCGUCACCAAUAUGGCUAACACCUGACUUUAAUAAUCUAAUCUAAUCUAAUCUUACAAUAAACCAGGAGAAAUUUUAAGCCUAUCUCAGCAUGCCUUAUGUGGGACUUCUGCAGGCUUUUUUCGCGCAUUUUUUUCAUGCCCAGCUGAGCUUGUAAGAAUUCGUAUGCAAGUUCAAGGGAAAAUUGACCCAAGAGGAGACCCGUUAUAUAAAAAUUCCAUUGAAUGUUUUAUUUCUAUAAUAAAAACUUAUGGCAUUAAAGGGAUUUAUAGAGGAUUUUCAGCAACUAUGAUAAGGGAACUUAUGGGAAAUACGCUGUUCUUUGGAGGGUAUCAGUUUUGUGGGAGAAAAAUAUUUGGAGGGGAAAAGCUCAAUGCGGACGAAUUAGGAAAAUUAAAAAUUAUGGCUUGUGGAGCUUUUGCUGGGUACUGCUACUGGGCACCAUAUUGUAUUGAUGUUAUUAAAUCAAAAAUGCAGUCAGAUUCAUUUGCGAAUCCUAGAUAUAAGUCUCUUUUGGACUGCCUGAAAAUUACAUAUAAGACUGAUGGAUUUUCAGGAUUUUUUAAAGGCUGAACACCUACGAUGCUUAGAGCAGCUCCAGCCUGCGCUUCACUUUUUUUAGGCUUCGAGGCCACAAUGUCUAUUUUCGGGCGAAACUAUCGGUAA